AUGUAAAUGAAGAAUAUAACUUUAUCUUCUGAUUUUACCCUCCUGGGGCUUCUGGUGAACAAUAAAACUACUGGGAUUGUCUUUGCUGUUAUUUUUGCUAUUUUUGUGGUAGCUGUAACUGCAAAUUUGGUCAUGAUAUUCUUGAUUCAGGUGGACUCCCGUCUCCAUACUCCUAUGUACUUUCUGCUCAGCCAGCUGUCCAUCAUGGACACUCUUUUCAUUUGUACCACUGUCCCAAAACUUCUGGUCGACAUGGUUUCUAAAGAGAAGACCAUUUCCUUUGUGGGUUGCGGCAUCCAGAUCUUCCUCUACUUGAGCAUGAUUGGCUCGGAGUUCUUCCUCUUGGGCCUCAUGGCCUAUGACCGUUAUGUGGCUGUCUGUAACCCUCUUAGGUAUCCAGUCCUGAUGAACCGCAGGGUGUGUCUUCUGCUGGCUGCUGGUGCCUGGUUUGGGGGGUCCCUGGAUGGCUUUCUGCUCACCCCCAUCACCAUGAAUGUUCCCUAUUGUCACUCCCGCAAUAUCAACCAUUUUUUCUGUGAGAUCCCUGCAGUUCUCAGACUAGCCUGUGCUGACACAUCCUUGUAUGAAACCUUGAUGUACAUCUGCUGUGUACUCAUGUUGCUCAUCCCUAUCUCUAUCAUCUCAAUCUCCUACUCUCUUAUUUUGUUAACUGUCCACAGAAUGCGCUCUGCUGAAGGCCGGAAAAAGGCCUUUACUACUUGCUCUUCCCACUUGACUGUGGUCAGCAUUUUCUAUGGGGCUGCCUUCUACACUUAUGUUCUGCCCCAGUCUUUUCACACUCCUGAGCAGGACAAAGUAGUUUCAGCCUUCUAUACCAUUGUCACACCCAUGCUCAAUCCUCUUAUCUACAGCCUCAGAAACAAGGAUGUCAUGGGGGCAUUUCAAAAGAUAUUGUCAAGAUGUUUAUCUGCUCAGAAAGUAUCCACAAGUGAUGCUUAG